AUCGAGCUUUGACAAGGUCGCCCCAUAUACCAAGCGCGCCCUCCGCGACCACUCGCUACUCGAUUCGUUUGGGCGCCCUCGCUUGUUGCCGAGCUAACGGAACUGUCAUAACACGACUACUGGCAUGGGAUUGCGACUAGAGCCCGCCACCGCGCAUCGGGGGCGCGCACCCAACUGCGCGGGCCAACGGCCACAGCCACACACCUCGGUCAGCGCCUGCUGCUCCGGCGGCCCGCGGCCCGCACGGACCGCCGCCAGCCUCCGCCGGGCCUUUGGACAAAGCACGUGGCGACAUGCUCCAAUUCCCAGCUCUUCCGAUCGGGGCCGGUCGUUGGUUGCGGCCGCGCUUCCUGCGGAGCAAGUCUUCACCACCCUGCAGACCGCUGUAUCGCCCCAGCUAGCAGCGCUGGUCAGCAGCAGCAUCGGCGCGAGCACCAGCGCGCUUCAGGCGGCGAUGGAGUCGGCUUUGGUCCACUCGGCGGUGCUGCUGUCGUUCACCUCACCGGUGUGCUUCAGCCAGAGCUGCCAAGAGGCCACGGACCGAGCCUUUCUCAUCGCGCUGGCAGUGCCGUUGGUGGUGGCGGCUCUCUCCAUAGCCUAUGUGCUGCGGCCGCCGCCGCCGGAGCUGACGGAGAGCGGGCGGGUGUUUGAGGACCCCGCCACGGGCACCCGGUUUGAGGCGCCGGAGGGCGUUAACCCGGAGCGCGACAAGAACGGGGAGCUGGCCUACCGGCCCAUCAGCUACACGCCGUGGCCCGUGGAUGCAAGCUACGAGGGCGAGCGGGUGCGCAUCGCGGUGGGGCCCGUGGCCGACAGGCAGCUGAGGACGUACGUGUUCGCUCGCAGCUUGGCCGUGCCCUCCGACAUCCUCACCGUCACGCUGCCGCGGCCGCUGGGUGUGGUGCUGGAGUACGACGAGCGCUUCCGGCGGGCCACUGUGGUGGACCUGAUCGAGGGAACCAACGCCGACCAGCGGAGGAAGCGUGCCUCGCUGAACUCGGACGUGGCGGCUGAGGCGGUGCUGCCGGGCGACGUGUUGCGCGCCGUCACCGCCACCAACUUCGUGUACCCGACCCGCGCGCUGUGGGGGGCGCAGGCGCCAGAGCGGCACAUUGUGGUGUACGGUGCGGACCGCCAGACCUGGUCGAGCGUGUGCGGCGCGCUCAAGAAGGGCGAGUUCAAGGACGGCGACGUGACGCUGGUGCUGGAGCGGCGGAGGCCGCGAAAGAGCGGCGGGCAGAGCGUCCAGGCCGCAGCUGGAACGGGAGCGGGGACGGGGGAAGACGGGUCCAAUGGGGAGGGUGCGGACCGGGGGACGGGGCAGCGGACGCCUGUGGGCGGCAGCGUGUUUUCGCCAGAGCUGUUUGGGUGAGCUUGCGUGAUGUGGAUGCAGGUGGUUGAAGGAAGCAGCAUUUGUGGACUUUGCAUUUGUUGAUUCGUUACAGUGCGGGACGAAAGACGCUGGCGGCCUGGAGGUUGCAGCACAGACGUUGAGCCGCGUCGGGUCAGGGAUGGGGUCUGUGUACACUGCGCGACGGUGCUAGCACCGUCGUCACCGUCGUGCUAGCACUAGUGCACGUGCACGGUGCAUUGGGCAGAACCAGGUCGCAAGGGCAUCAAACUUCUGAAACACAUGCUGCUACGCUUUACGAGAUAUCCC